AUGGACUUUACCGCGAUUUACAAACAGUCAGCGUCGCUCGUCGCGUUCAGUCCUGCCGGAAACUUGAUCCUAACUGCUGCUCAGGAUAGGAUCAUUGUACGGCGCACGGAUACCUUUCAAAUCGUUCGCACAAGCGCCAUCGACGCGUCACCGUCGCCAACCAACGCGUCAAUUUCUCAGCAGAAGGUGUUACCCGGCGACAAUCGCAUCACCCAUGCGGCCUGGUCCUCAGAUUCGGAGUAUAUGCUUGCGGCGUGUGCUAGAAAGGGUGUAGUGCAUGUUUACAAACUUUACGAUGAGCAGUGGCAUGCGCGUGUUGACGCCGGCGCUGAAGGUCUGGCAAAGGCGGAAUGGGCCCCCGAUGGACGAUCCAUUCUUUGCUUUUCCGAAUGGGGCUUGCGAGUCACUAUUUGGUCGCUGAUCACAGGCUCGGCGACAUACAUUCAGUUUCCCCUGCAUCCUGAUAGAGGGUAUGCGUUUCGGUCCGACGGUCGUUACUUUGUCCUUGCGGAGCGGCAUCGAUCUAAGGAUACGCUGGGCCUGUAUGAUGUUGCAGAUGGCUUUAAAUUAGCACGGCACUUUCCUCUGCCGACAUCUUCGUUGUCAUCAUUUGCUUUGUCCCCGAAUGGCAACCACCUUGCAGUGUGGGAGGGACCCCUUGAGUACAAAGUAUACAUUCUGACUUUGGCUGGUGAUGUCCUUGCAAAAUUCAGUCCUGAUCCGGACCCAGGUUUUGGUGUCCGUAACGUUGCUUGGCAUCCCUCUGGAAACUUUCUGGCCGUUGGAGGUUGGGACGAUAAAGUGCAUAUCCUUGACAGUCUCAGUUGGUCGCCAGUACGUACGUUGGAGCUUUCAAGUCGAAUACCAGCUGGCGUGAAUGUGUGGCGGGAACCCGCCGAUUGGUUAACAACAACCGAGGGUCGAGGGUUUCUGUCAUAUGAAAAACUCCCUUCCCCCCACUCAAUUACCCUGACUAAGCCUGACCAUACUAAACCCAAUCCUAAAAGCGGUGUCAUCCAAAUGGAAUGGAACCUGACCGGCAGCCUUCUCUUGGUGCGCUUUGAAACGACGCCGACGGUUGUGCAUAUUUUUGAUUUCCCCGCUCCUGAUGCGGCCUUCGUGCCGCGCUUACGGAGUCUACUUAUACAUUCCCGCUCAGUGAGGAGUGCUAAGUGGAAUCCGAAACGCAAAGGCAGCUUAGCAAUCUGUUGCGGAAGCCCUAGCCUGUACACUUGGAGCGAUGAAUGGAUCGGGGAAAGUGGCGCUGAAGAGGAGAUAGCGGAAUGUGUAGGAGUACCUGCAAAAAAUUUUGACACCCGUGAUCUUCGGUGGGCGCCUGAUGGUAAAGGACUGAUUCUACUCGACAAGGAAACUUUCUGUUGUUCGUUCGAGGUUGAAGAUGACGACUCUUGA